UACUGCUACUCUCCCCUCGGCUUCACUCCGAGGAGGAACCCGGUGCCCCCCGGCUGAUCGUUUCCAAUUACGUUACCCCAAGAUGGAGGUCUGCAGAUGGCACUGCUAGCGAGUCUCCGUGUCUUUAAUCAGGCUUUUGUCGGGACAGAAGUGAUUUUGUGCCACCUUUUUGUCGUGUGUUUUGGGGGAUCUACUUGGGAGACUGUGAGCUCCAGGUUCGGGUUGUGGCAACCAUGAGCUCCGGGGAAGGAGCGGAGGAAACGACGAAGGACGCUGGAGACAUAGCGGCGUUCUUCAAAAACGAUGGAUCCCUCCCUAAAGAGCCAAAAGGAGAUGUAUCGAGUCAGACAGCAGGUUUCAGGAGAAAUGAGGAGAUGAGAGCAAUGGAGGUUCUGUCCAUCCUCAAAGAAAAAGUCGCCUUUUUGUCGGGUGGCAGAGACAGACGCGGUGGUCCGGUGUUAACGUUUCCAUCACGCAGCAACCACGACAGAAUACGAACGGACGACCUGCGGAGACUGAUCGCUUACCUCGCCGGCAUCCCCAGCGAGGAGGUGUGUAAACAUGGCUUCACGGUCAUCGUUGAUAUGCGCGGCUCCAAGUGGGACAGCAUCAAGCCUCUGCUGAAGAUCCUGCAGGAGUCCUUCCCGUCCUGCAUCCACGUCGCCCUCAUCAUCAAACCAGACAACUUCUGGCAGAAGCAGAGGACUAACUUCGGCAGCUCCAAGUUCGAAUUCGAGACCACCAUGGUGUCAUUAGAGGGUCUUACGAAGGUCGUGGACCCCUCCCAGCUGACGUCGGACUUCGACGGCAGCCUGGACUACAACCAUGAGGAGUGGAUAGAGGUGCGCGUGGCGUUCGAGGAGUUCUCCGGUCACGCCACUCAGAUGCUGGCUCGUCUAGAGGAGAUGCAGGAAACAGUGUCGAGGAAAGACUUCCCCCAAGAUCUGGAAGGAGCCCGGCGGAUGAUCGAAGAACACGCCACGCUGAAGAAGAAGGUCAUCAAAGCUCCGAUAGAGGAGCUGGACACUGAGGGGCAGAGGUUGCUCCAGAGAAUCCAGAGCAGCGAGUCCUUCUCCAACCGUAACGGCAGCAGUGGCGGCAGCGGGGGGAACAGCGGCGGCGGUGGCGGAGGCGGGAUGUGUAACGCCGACACGCAGGGCCUGGUGCCGCGCAUCACCCAGCUGCUGGACAAACUGCACUCCACGCGACAGCAACUCCACCAGGCCUGGCACGUCCGCAAGCUGCAGCUGGAUCAGUGCUUCCAGCUGCGCCUGUUCGAGCAGGAUGCAGAGAAGAUGUUUGACUGGAUCAUGCACAACAAGGGUCUGUUCCUGGCAGGCUACACAGAGAUUGGCAACAACCACCCCCACGCUAUAGAGCUGCAAACCCAGCACAACCACUUCGCUAUGAACUGCAUGAACGUGUACGUGAACAUAAACCGCAUCAUGUCAGUGGGCAACCGGCUGCUGGAGUCGGGUCACUACGCCUCCCAGCAGAUCAAGCAGAUCUCGGGCCAGCUGGAGCAGGAGUGGAAGGCCUUCGCCGCGGCGCUGGACGAACGCAGCACGCUGCUGGAGAUGUCGGCCAACUUCCAUCAGAAGUGUGACCAGUACAUGAGUAACGUGGACUCGUGGUGCAAAGCGUGCGGCGAGGUGGAUUUGCCCUCGGAGCUUCAAGACCUCGAAGAUGCCAUCCACCACCACCAAGGCCUGUACGAACACAUCACUGCUGCCUACUCCGAGGUGAGCCAGGAUGGCAAAGCCCUGCUGGACAAACUGCAGCGACCUCUGACCCCGGGCAGCGCUGAUUCGCUGACGGCGUCGGCGAACUACUCCAAGGCCGUGCACCACGUCCUGGAUAUCAUCCACGAGGUGCUGCAUCACCAGAGACAGUUGGAGAACAUCUGGCAACACCGCAAAGUGAGGCUGCACCAGCGUCUGCAGCUCUGUGUUUUUCAGCAGGACGUGCAACAGGUGCUGGACUGGAUCGAGAACCACGGCGAGGCGUUCCUCAGCAAACACACCGGCGUGGGGAAGUCUCUCCACCGAGCCCGGGCUCUGCAGAAACGCCACGAGGACUUUGAGGAAGUGGCACAGAAUACGUACACUAAUGCCGACAAGCUGCUGGAGGCGGCCGAGCAGCUGGCCCAGACGGGAGAGUGCGACCCGGAGGAGAUCUACCAGGCCGCCCACCAGCUCGAAGACCGAAUCCAAGACUUUGUUCGCCGCGUGGAGCAGCGCAAAGUCCUGCUGGACAUGUCUGUCGCCUUCCACACGCACGUCAAAGAGCUGUGGACGUGGCUGGAGGAGCUGCAGAAGGAGCUGCUGGACGACGUUUACGCCGAGUCGGUGGAGGCGGUGCAGGAUCUGAUCAAGCGCUUCAGCCAGCAGCAGCAGACCACGCUGCAGGUCACCGUCAACGUCAUCAAGGAGGGAGAGGAUCUCAUCCAGCAGCUCAGGGACUCGGCCAUCUCCAGCAACAAGACGCCGCACAACAGCUCCAUCAACCACAUCGAGAGCGUGCUGCAGCAGCUGGACGAGGCCCAGGCUCAGAUGGAGGAGCUUUUCCAGGAGAGGAAGAUCAAACUGGAGCUCUUCCUGCAGCUGCGCAUCUUCGAGAGGGACGCCAUCGACAUCAUCUCGGACCUGGAGUCGUGGAACGAGGAGCUGACGGGUCAGAUGACAGACUUCGACACAGAGGAUCUGACGCUGGCCGAGCAGCGGCUGCAGCACCACGCUGACAAAGCCCUGACCAUGAACAACCUCACCUUCGACGUCAUCCACCAGGGCCAGGAGCUGCUGCAGUACGUCAACGAAGUCCAGGCCUCUGGCGUGGAGCUGCUGUGCGACCGGGACGUGGACAUGGCGACGCGGGUCCAGGACCUGCUGGAGUUUCUCCACGAGAAGCAGCAAGAACUGGACCUGGCAGCCGAGCAGCACCGGCGACACCUGGAGCAGUGCGUCCAGCUGAGACACCUGCAGGCGGAGGUCAAACAGGUUCUGGGUUGGAUUCGAAACGGCGAGUCGAUGCUGAAUGCCGGUCUCAUAACAGCCAGCUCCCUGCAGGAGGCUGAGCAGCUGCAGAGGGAACACGAACAGUUUCAACACGCCAUUGAGAAAACCCACCAGAGUGCGCUGCAGGUUCAGCAGAAGGCCGAGGCUCUGCUCCAGGCGAACCACUACGACAUGGACCUGAUCAGGGACUGUGCAGAGAGCGUGGCGUCCCACUGGCAGCAGCUCAUGCUGAAGAUGGAGGACAGACUCAAGCUGGUUAACGCCUCCGUGGCCUUCUACAAGACGUCUGAACAGGUGUGCAGUGUUUUGGAGAGCCUGGAGCAGGAGUACAAGAGAGAGGAGGACUGGUGCGGAGGAGCCGACAAACUGGGACCCAACUGUGAAACGGACCACGUCAGCCCAAUGAUCAGCAAACACCUGGAGCAGAAGGAGGCCUUCCUCAAGGCAUGCACUCUGGCCAGAAGAAAUGCUGACGUCUUCCUCAAGUACAUGCACAGGAACAGCGUCAACAUGCCCGGGAUGCUGAGCCAUGUCAAAGCUCCAGAACAGCAGGUCAAAAACAUCCUCAAUGAGCUGCUGCAGAGAGAGAACCGCGUCCUCCACUUCUGGACCAUGAGGAAGCGGCGGCUGGACCAGUGUCAGCAGUACGUGGUGUUUGAACGCAGCGCCAAACAGGCUCUGGAGUGGAUUCACGACACCGGGGAGUUUUACCUCUCCACACACACCUCCACCGGCUCCAGUAUCCACCACACACAGGAGCUGCUGAAGGAGCACGAGGACUUCCACAUCACAGCCAAGCAAACUAAGGAGCGUGUCAAGCUGCUGAUCCAGCUGGCUGACGGCUUCUGCGAGAAAGGCCACAGUCACGCUGGAGAGAUCAAGAAAUGGGUGACGGCCGUGGACAAACGCUACCGGGACUUCUCGCUGCGCAUGGACAAGUACCGCUGCAGCCUGGAGAAAGCCCUCGGCAUCUCCUCGGACUCGAACAAGGCCAGUAAGGAUCUCCAGCUGGACAUCAUCCCCGCCACGGCUCCGGGGUCGGAGGUCAAACUGCGCGAUGCCGCUCAUGAGCUCAACGAGGAGAAACGCAAGUCGGCGCGCAGGAAGGAGUUCAUCAUGGCAGAGCUGAUUCAGACAGAGAAAGCCUACGUGCGAGACCUGCGGGAGUGCAUGGAUACCUACCUGUGGGAGAUGACCAGUGGUGUCGAGGAGAUCCCUCCAGGAAUCAUCAACAAGGAGCACAUCAUCUUUGGAAACAUGCAGGAUCUAUACGAGUUCCACCACAAUAUCUUCCUCAAAGAGUUGGAGAAAUACGAGCAGCUCCCGGAGGAUGUUGGGCAUUGCUUCGUCACAUGGGCUGAUAAGUUCCAGAUGUAUGUGAACUACUGCAAGAACAAGCCCGACUCCACCCAGCUCAUCCUAGAGCAUGCUGGGAACUACUUUGAUGAGAUCCAACAGAGGCACCGACUGGCCAACUCCAUCUCCUCCUAUCUGAUCAAACCGGUGCAGAGAAUCACCAAGUAUCAGCUCCUGUUGAAGGAGCUGCUGACUUGCUGUGAAGAAGGGAAAGGAGAAAUAAAGGACGGCCUGGAGGUGAUGCUCAGCGUCCCUAAGAAAGCCAACGAUGCCAUGCACCUCUCCAUGCUGGAAGGUUUCGAUGAAAACAUCGAGUCCCAGGGCGAGCUCAUUCUCCAGGAGUCGUUCCAGGUGUGGGAUCCGAAGACUCUGAUCCGAAAGGGUCGGGAGCGCCACCUCUUCCUCUUUGAGAUGUCCCUCAUCUUCAGCAAGGAGGUCAAGGACUCAAACGGCCGUAGCAAAUACAUCUACAAGAGCAAACUCUUUACGUCAGAGCUGGGGGUGACGGAACACGUUGAAGGAGACCCCUGUAAGUUUGCUCUAUGGGUGGGACGCACCCCGACGUCUGACAACAAGAUUGUGCUCAAGCUAAGUCAGGGAUCCAAACACGGAGCCAUGGCGUCCAGCAUCGAGAACAAACAGGACUGGAUCAAACACAUCAGGGAGGUGAUUCAGGAGCGCACCAUCCACCUGAGAGGAGCGCUGAAGGAGCCCAUCCAUAUCCCCAAAACAACCUCCGCCAAGCCCCACAGGGCGAGGGGAAGGGACGGAGAGGACCUGGACAGUCAGGGUGAAGGCAGCAGCCAACCAGACACCAUCUCUCUGGCAUCCCGCACUUCACAGAACACACUGGACAGCGACAAGCUCUCCGGUGGCUGUGAGCUGACCGUGGUGAUUCACGACUUCAUGGCGAGCAACAGCAACGAGCUGACGGUGCGUCGCGGUCAGACGGUGGAGGUUCUGGAGCGCUGCCACGAAAAGCCCGACUGGUGCCUGGUCCGCACCACCGACCGCUCCCCCGCCAUGGAGGGCCUGGUGCCCUGCUCCAUGCUCUGCAUCGCACACUCGCGCUCAUCCAUGGAGAUGGAGGGCAUCUACAACCACAAAGACACUCUGUCGGUGUGCAGCAACGACUCCAUCAUGCCGGGAUCGUCUGCCACGCUCCAGCCCGGUCACGGCAUCGGUUCCCACACCUCACCUGGGCCCAAGAGACCAGGUAACACGCUGAGGAAGUGGCUCACCAGCCCAGUGCGCCGACUAAGCAGCGGCAAGGCUGACGGCCACGUGAAGAAGCUCGCCCACAAGCACAAGAAGAGCCGCGACGUGAGGAAGAGCGGCGAGAUGACGAUGGGGUCGCAGAAAGACUCUGACGACAGCGCCGCGACUCCUCAGGACGAGACUGUGGAGGAGAGGGUUCGUAACGAGGGCCUGUCGAGCGGCACGCUGUCCAAGUCCAGCUCUUCGGGCAUGCAGAGCUGCGGGGAGGAGGAGGGCGAGGAGGGCGCCGACUCGGUGCCUCUGCCCCCGCCCAUGGCCAUCCAGCAGCACAGCCUGCUGCAGCCAGACUCACAGGACGACAAGACCUCUUCUCGUCUGUCCGUCCGUCCGUCCAGUUCAGAGACGCCCAGCGCCGCAGAGCUGGUGAGCGCCAUCGAGGAGCUGGUCAAAAGCAAGAUGGCUUUGGAGGACAGACCCAGCUCUCUGUCAGUGGAGCAAGGGGACAGCAGCUCUCCCUCCUUCAACCCCUCUGACAACUCCCUCCUCUCCUCCUCCUCCCCCAUGGAAGAGGUGGACGAACGCAGGAACAGCGUCCUGAAGAAAAGACACUACAUCCUGCUGGAGAUGGUGGAGACGGAGAGAGAUUACGUCAGAGACCUGGGCCUGGUGGUGGAGGGCUACAUGAGCCGGAUGAAGGAGGAGGGAGUCCCCGACGAUAUGAAGGGAAAAGACAAAAUCGUGUUCGGCAACAUCCACCAGAUCUACGACUGGCACAAAGACUUCUUCCUCGGGGAGUUGGAGAAAUGUUUGGAGGACCCUGACCGGCUGGGACCGCUCUUUCUCAAACAGGAACGGAGACUGACCAUGUACAUAGUGUACUGUCAGAACAAGCCCAAGUCGGAGCACAUCGUCUCGGAGUACAUCGACACCUAUUUUGAGGACCUGAAGCAGCGGCUGGGCCAGCGGGUGCCGAUCACAGACCUGCUCAUCAAGCCAGUCCAGAGGAUCAUGAAGUACCAGCUGCUGCUCAAGGAUUUCUUGAAACACUCUAAAAAGGCUGGGCUGGAGUCCAUGGAGUUAGAGAAAGCAGUGGAGGUGAUGUGCAUCGUGCCGAAAAGGUGUAAUGACAUGAUGAAUGUCGGCCGGCUUCAGGGAUUCGAUGGGAAGAUCGUGGCUCAGGGUCGCCUCCUGCUGCAGGACACGUUCAUGGUGUCCGACACCGAGGGCCGGAUGAAGGAGAGGAGAGUCUUCCUCUUCGAGCAGGUGGUCAUCUUCAGCGAGCCCCUCGACAAGAAGAAAGGUUUCUCUCUGCCAGGCUUCCUCUACAAGAACAGCAUCAAGGUGAACUGUCUGGGCAUGGAGGAGAGCAUGGAGGCGGAUCUCUGCACCUUCAUCCUCACCUCUCGCUCCUCCAACGGGCCCCUGGAGUCCUUCGUGCUCCACUCCGCCCACCCAGGGGUGCGCGAGGUGUGGACCCUUCAGAUCGGCCAGAUCCUCGAGAUCCAACGCAACUUCCUCAACGCUCUGACCUCACCAAUAGAGUAUCAGAGGAACCAUGUGGGGGCGAGUGGGGGGCCAUGUGCCGGGGCUCCGGGGGGAGGCAGCGGUGCAGCCCCUGCAGUCGGAGGAGGAAGCUCCCCGGCUAGUUCCAUCCCUUCAGGGACCCAGGGUGGCUCCCGUCGGCCCUCCAGGAUCCCCCAGCCCUCCCGCCUGCCCCAGCCCCUCCGCCACCCCCCCGACCCUGACGGCCCCAACAAGAUGUCAGGUUCAUCCCCAAGUCCCGCCCCUCCUGCCCCCCUCCCUCCAGGGGGAAGCCCCCAGGGAAAGCGCCCUAUCCAGCCCCCUGAGGACCGAGCACAUACCCCCCCUCCUGCCAGUGCUGUAGCCUCUGUCCCCCGCGCAACAGUCGGGCCCCUGCCCUCUACACCCACUUCCAAACCACGGCCAGGAGCCGUGUCCCCUUUGGCCCCCCCUCUGGCCACCCCUGCCUUCGGUAAGGACGGCCUCCCUCCUCCCCCUCCCAGCCCGGGCCACAAAUCCGGAUCUGGAUUCUGGAGCUCCAUGCCGGGCUCCCCAGCCAGCCGGCCUGGCUCCUUCACUUUCCCGGGGGAGGCGGGGGAGAGUCCGGUCCGGCAGAACUCCAACCAGAUCCAGACCGGCUCGGGGUCCGGGAGCCACAGACACUCCACGCACAGCAAGGAGGCCGACCGCAUGAGCACGUGCUCGUCGGCCAGCGAGCAGUCCAUCCAGUCCACCCAGAGCAAUGGGAGUGAAAGCAGCAGCAGCAGUAGCGUAUCCACCAUGUUGGUGACCCAGGACUACAUGGCUGUGAAGGAGGAUGAGAUCAGUGUCUGUCAGGGUGAAGUGGUCCAGAUCCUGGCCAGCAACCAGCAGAACAUGUUCCUGGUGUUCAGGGCGGCGACGGAGCAGGGCCCCGCCGCCGAGGGCUGGAUCCCCGGGUUCGUACUGGGACACACCUCGGCUAUCGUCCCCGAUUGCCCCGAGGGAUCCAUGAACAGGAAGUCUUCGUCCUGGCACACCCUGCGCAUCCGGAAGAAAUCCGAGAAGAAGGAGAAGGAGGCGAAGAAAGACACCAAGCUGGAAAACGGUUACAGGAAGUCCAAUAAGGUUUCUGUAAAGCUUCUAAAUCCAAACUACAUCUAUGAUGUUCCCCCAGAGUUCCUUGUUCCUCUGAGCGAUGUGACGUGUGACGACGGAGAGUGCGUCACCCUCAGGUGUAAGGUAUGCGGUCGCCCCCGGGCCGCUGUCACCUGGAAGGGACCCGACCAGAGCAACCUCAGCAACAACGGACACUUUAGCACCGCUUACAGCGAUACGGGUGAGGCUACGCUGCGGAUCAUCGGCGUCUCCUCUGAGGAUGAUGGCGUUUACACCUGUGUCGCCACCAACGAGCUCGGCAGCGUCACGUCCUCAGCCAGCCUCAGAGUCCUGGCAGUGUCCCCUGACGGCAUCAGAGUGAGCUGGAAAGACAACUUUGAGUCUCACUACACUGAGGUGGUUGAGCUGGGCAGGGGUCGUUUCUCUGUGGUGAAGCGGUGCGACCAGCGGGGAUCCAAGCGUCUGGUGGCGGUCAAACAGGUGAACAAGAAGCUGAUGAGGAGGGACCGGGUCACUCAGGAGCUCAACCUGCUCCAGAGGCUCCAGCACCCCCACAUCGUCGGCCUGAUCGACACGUACGAAACCCCCAGCAGCUACGCCCUCGUCCUGGAGAUGGCUGACCAAGGCCGUCUGCUGGACUACAUCGUGAGCUGGGGGAAUCUGACGGAGGAGAAAGUGGCCUCCUACCUGAGGGACGUUUUAGAAGCUUUACACUACCUGCACAACUCCAGGAUAGUGCACCUGGACAUUAAACCUGAGAACCUGCUGGUGGCCCACAGCGCCAGCGGCCAGCCGUCGGUGAAGCUCACAGACUUCGGGGAUGCGGUGCAGCUCAACAGUGCCCACUACGUUCACCCCCUGCUGGGCAGCCCCGAGUUCGCCUCCCCGGAGUUGGUCCUCGGAGAGCCAGUGUCGCCGACCUCCGACCUGUGGAGCCUGGGUGUGGUGACCUACGUGCUGCUGAGCGGCGCUUCCCCCUUCCUCGAUGAGAGCGCCGAGGAAACCUGCUUGAACAUCUGCCGGCUGGACUUCAGCUUCCCCAGGGAUUACUUCCAGGGUGUCAGCCAGGGGGCCCGGGACUUCAUCUGCCUGCUCCUGAGGACCGACCCGUGCCGCAGGCCUCCAGCCGGGCUCUGCCUCCAGGAGCCGUGGCUGCAGGCCGACCCGGCUGACGGGCGGGCCAGAACAGAGGGUUGCCUGGACACCUCCCGCCUCAUCUCCUUCAUCGACAGGAGGAAAAAUCAGACUGACGCUCGGGCCAUCGGAGGAGUCCGGAGCUUCAUCCAGAGCCGCCUGCAGCCUCGAGUUUAGAGGAAGUCCAACCCUCGCCCUAGCGGUCCUGCAGCGACUGCAGGCUGCUCUGGAGACCAGCAUCUGGAUGGUGUAGCUGUUAAAGAAAGCUAGAAAUAAUGAAUGCUGAUCUUAUUAGGGAUGCACCGAAAUGAAAAUUCUUGGCCGAAACCGAAAACCGAAAAUGAGGAAACCAAGGCCGAAAACCGAAACACCGAAAUAAAUUAUUAUUCCAAUUAUUAGUACCAUUGCAUUUAUGGCUAUGACUGUGUGCUAACCUUACUAAAAAUCAAGGCGUUGCAAUUCAAAGAAUAAAUAAAUCACGAAAUUAUGAAAAUAUUUAUUUAGAACUGACAUUAUGCACAAUAUAAAAUAAAAUGAAAUGUUUAACUUGACCACACAUGUGUAGCCUACAUGAAAUAAUAAUGUACAGGCCUGUAAACUGACUGGCCUGCUGAAAUAUUGUAAAAUUAAAUAUGUUCUCUCAUAAAAAAACAAAGUGCAUUUAAGUCAAGUGCAUCGAAACUCUUGUGAAUUAAGCAGAAUCUUUUGCAGCUUGAAAUCUGUGUCGAUCCACUGUGCAGUUAGACUGAGCAUACUCGUGAUGCUGACGUCUGAGCUCCAUAUAUCGGUCGUGAAACUGAUUGCUGAAAUAUCAGAUGCCAUAAGCUCAUGGACGUGAGUUGCAACAACAUUGAACAGCUCAGGUAAACAUACGUCUGAGAAAUGUCGUCUGCUCGGUAUGGCAUAACGGGGCUCGAUGUGCUCUAUCAGCCUACGAAAUCCCACGUCCUCUACAACAGAGAACGGCUGAUCAUCUAAGGCAAUGAAUUCCAUCAUUUUUUGUGUAAUGCCCUUAGCCUUGGCACCAUCACUGGGAAACUUUUUGGCCUUUUCAAAAACGUCUGCCACAGACGGAGUCGGUGUGCUCGGAAUGGCUUUCCUUUUCUGUGCCGCGUUUUUCUCAAAUUCAGAAUAGCGAUCGGGAUGUUUUGAUUUAAGAUGAUGAAUUAAACCCGACGUGGAAAAACUCUUUGCAGAUAUACCCCCUCUAGAAAUUUCGGCUUUACACGUAUUGCAAAUUGCUAUUCGUUGUUCUUUUUCAGACACAGUGAAUUGCGUCCACACCGCAGACAUGUUGGCCCGAGUGCUGUUCGCGGUUUUUUGCUUGCGUCAUCAUCACAACGUUCUGUUUCGGCCUUGUUGUUUCGGUGACAAAAGUGUUUCGGCCGAAAACAGAAAAUGCACUUUUGGGCCAUUUUCGGCCGAAAAUUUUCGGUGGCCGAAUUUUCGGUGCAUCCCUAGAUCUUAUCCUCUUUCACAGAAUGUUGCUAAAGUCCUGUAGUCCUUUCACAAAUAAGGCCUGUUGAGGUCUAAACCAAUCAGAGUCCUCGAGAACCAAGUUCUCACCAAUCACGUAUCUGACGGAUGCCCUUGUCUACUGCUGCUUGCUGGUUUCAACUCAACAGAUUUUCUAGUAAAGUGAACAAAAAAAACAACAAAAAAAGUUAUUUAUUUUCCAUUUGCAAGAGUUAGAGCUGAUCCGAGGAGCCUCGACACAGAGAGCAAACUGCCCCCCCACCCUCCUGAUGCCAGGGGGAAACAGACAUUGUGUGUUUUGGCUCUUUUACACUAAACUGCGUCUCAAAGACUUUUGAGCAGCAGCCCUUUCUUAUAGAAACUAUGUAUAGAGGAGGAGAAGUACUGUCUCUACAUUUCCAAGGAAAGAAAUCCAUUGUAGAAAAAGUUUCUGUAGACGCCCGGGGACGGUAACCGAGGCUCCUGAGACAUUUAUACGUCCGAUCAGAGCUUUUUGAUGGCUGCGCUUAUAUAAUGUACCUAAAUCUAAGAUACAGUCGCGAUGCUGCACUGUCCGAUCCGAGAACAGACAUCCAUCGUUUGCUUUUCCUAGAACAAAACUUGUGUUGCGCAGAUAUGAGAUGUUUAAGCCUUACCUUGUAUAUACGAAGCCCUCUGCCUUCGUUCCCCUCACAUUCACAGCGGGGUCCCGCUCUCCGACGGGCGGGACGUGAGACUUUUCGCGGCGUUCGGUGGCGGCGAGUCAGACGGGAGUGAAUGUGGAGGCAGAGGAAGAGAAAUGACUGUAAAUGCACUCAUUGUAUGUUAUGUUUGAUUAUCAUGUGCAAUGUUGCGGCUUUAACAUUUUAUGCAACUAUUUAUGAAGACAUCUGUUGUAUCUGUAAUAAAUCUAGAGAAAAGCACGUACUUGGUACUGCAAGCACUGCUGGUAGUUUGUGUUUAUUUUGAGUGUUACGACUUCCAGGCCGCGUUAGAGGUCACACAUUUGCAAUCAUUACGGUUCGAACAAAAAUAUAUUUAACACUUCUUAUUUGACUGUAUGCCUCGGUAGUAUUGGUACACCAAAGUCGCUCUAGCUUUAUAGUACUUAAUGCAAUAUGGUUCAUCGUGACGCAGAUUGUUUACGUGAGAUAAACGCUUUGAUUUGCCCGUUCUGAAAAAGGCAGGGGAGUUCAGAGAGAGAUUUAUUCGUCACCGGAAAAUUAGCAUUUUAUUUUAAGAGUCAAAUGAGAGAUUUUUCAUCAUUUAAUAAAUGGUGUCCUGACUUUAUGUACAGAUACUUGUUGCCAAAAUAUUUCAUUCAUAAAUUCACAGAAAAGUACCCUAAAAACAGCAAUUAAAUCAUGUUGUCUUGGAAAUUAAAUAUAACAUUGGUAUAACCACUUAACUAAACCCAUUUUCUAAUAUGGCACGUUGAAACUGACCACAGAGAGAGAUCACAGUCCGCUGUUACCUUUUAUUUAUUCUUAAAGGUGUGCACAGGCCAUUUCACAAGGACACUUGGACUGGAUACCUCAGAUUAGGCUUGUUUUUUUCAUUGUCUCGUCAUGUUUGUUUCAUAAUUACAUGUUUGCUAUUUGUUUUUAUGUUUUUUAUCUUUGCUAUUUCUUUGUACAGAUCAUACAUACUUUUCCUCUUGUAAAUAUUCUCAUUCUGCCAUCAGUUAUUUUGAAAUUAAACACAAUGAACAUAUUUUUA